GGACAUGCCUGAGAUAUUCUCGUCUUCUCGAAACCACCCCCAUCUUACAACUCUCCAACGUCCCCCUCCGAACAGUACACCAUGUCCCCAAUUGUCAAAGUUGAGUUUGACCCUAAGAACAUGCCAUUCCGCCGGCUGGGUCCCAGUGGUUUGCGAGUGCCGGUGUUCUCAUUGGGUGGUUGGUUGACUCUAGGAGGAACGGUUCUCGGCGAUCCCGUAAAGGAAAUCAUUAAAGUUGCAUUCGAUAAUGGGAUAAACAUGUUCGACACCGCCGAAGCGUACGCCAAGGGUAAGUCGGAGGAGGAAAUGGGUCGAGUGAUCAAAGAACUCGGUCUUCGUCGCACUGACCUUGUUAUCACAACAAAACUCUUCUGGGGUCUGCGUGGGGGUCCUAAUGACGGUGGUCUGUCGAGGAAACACAUCAUCGAGGGAACGAAGGAAUGUCUCGAGCGGCUCGGACUUGACUACGUCGAUGUCAUUUUCGCUCAUCGUCCUGACGUAUCGGUCCCUAUGGAUGAAGUUGUUCGCGCAUUCAACUGGGUAAUCGAGAAGGGCUGGGCGUUCUACUGGGCUACCUCGGAGUGGUCCGCAUAUGAGAUCGAAGAGGCUCACCACGUUGCUAAUAAACUAGGCCUACAAGGUCCCAUCGCGGAACAAUGCCAACACAACAUGUUCCACCGCGAACGCCCUGAGAAGGAGUAUCACGGUUUAUACAAAAAAUACGAUUUGGGCACAACCGUAUUCUCCGCUCUCGCCAGUGGCUUCCUCACUGGCAAGUACAACAACGGUAUUCCGGAUGACUCGCGGUUCGCGAUGCACGCCAUGUUCAAGAACACCGUGGACAGCCUCGAGAGGGAGGAGGGUCUGACGAAGAUCCGGAAAGUAAAGGAACUGAGCAAACUCGCAGAAACCGAGCUCGGGUGCACGGUCACCCAUUUGGCUUUGGCAUGGAUUGCCAAAAACCCCAACACCAGUACCGUUAUCCUCGGAGCUUCGAAACCAGAACAAGUUCUUGACAAUUUGAAAGCUCUCGAAGUCAUCCCUAAACUUACACCUGAGGUGAUGGACAAGAUUGAGGCAAUACUUGAAAACAAGCCCGCAGCUCCCCCUACUUUCGGAAGGCCGGCUUUGGAUAGCUAUGGUCGUUUGUAAUGCAUAUUUGCCCAUAAGGCCUGAGCAUCUGCGGGGCGGAGGUGGGUAAGAUGGAAUGACACAGGAUAAGCAGCAGAUAAAAGUCAACUGUACCAUAUUAGCAUAAUCUUGCAAGUUUGCGUAACAAGCACGGAGAAGUGUCAUGGUGUGGAUUUUACCUCUGUGAUGGUUGACAAACUGUAACGGGGCGAC